AUGCGCAGAAAAAUAAGCCGUGCUAGUAAUUCUACUACUCCUGCUAACCAUAAUACAUCUCUAUAUGGUGAAUGUUUAAUGUCUGGACGUCUUCAAGAUCCUCAUCAAUCUACCUUAACAAUAAGUCCACUUACUAAUAUUUAUGCUUAUGAUGGAAGCCCUACUAUGGCUAUGUCUUCGAUGUAUUCCCAUGGAUCUUUAUCAAAUACAUUACAUACAUAUUCAAGGAUUGAACGAAUGCGUCUAUGGCGUCAUGAUGCACUGGUGCAGCAUCAGCAUGAAACAGCAGCGUAUAUUGGAGAUAAGAUUCUUGGAUUAACCAAUGAUCCUAAUGAUGCCUUUUGGCUGGCGCAAGUUUAUUAUCAUACGGGACAUUAUGCAAGAGCACGUGGAUUAUUAAUGAAUCGUUAUUUGUUAGAUAGUAGUGUUGCAUGUCGGUAUUUGGCUGCUCUUUGUUUGUCUAAAUUAUCCAAGUGGCAGGAAGCACUUGAUUUACUUGGAGAGAAAAACCCAUUUCGUCAAGAAGGGUCAGAUGAAACAGUUAUUAAAAAUCAAGAUGGGGGGAUUAAAUUUGAAGCGUCAAUGUGUUAUCUUAGAGGUGUUCUGUUUGCUAAUUUGAAUAAAUUUGACAAAGCAAAAGAGUGUUAUAAAGAAGCAUUAACUAUUGAUGCAAAAUGUUAUGAAGCUUUUGAGCAAUUAAUAAGUAAUAACUUGAUGACGGCAGAAGAAGAAUGGUCUUUUAUUCAAACAUUAAAUUUUAACGGCUUGAUUGAAGAAGAUGUGGAUUUUGUUAAGAGUUUAUAUAUUACAAAGCUAAACAAAUAUAAAAAUGCCUUACGGUUUAUUGAAGCAGAAACAAAAUUGAAAAAUACAUAUAAUUUACAUGAUAAUACAGAUUUACUUUUAAGUAAAGCAGAAUUGUUAUUUGUACAAAAUAGGUUUAGGCAAUGUCUUGAAGUUACUGAGAAAAUACUUUCUAUUGAUCAGUAUAAAUUUAAUGCUCUUCCUAUUCAUUUAGCAUGUCUUCAUGAAUUAAAUGAAAAAAACAAGCUUUUUCUUAUCUCUCAUGACAUAACAGAAAGGCAUCCUGAAGAACCUGUAUCAUGGCUCUCAGUAGGUAUAUAUUAUCUUUGUAUAGGAAAAGUAGCAGAGGCUCGUCGAUAUUUCAGUAAAGCGUCAAUGAUGAAUCCACAUUUUGGACCAGCAUGGAUAGGGUUUGCUCAUUCAUUUGCUGUCGAAGGGGAGCACGAUCAAGCAAUAUCUGCAUAUACGACAGCUGCUAGGUUGUUUCAAGGCACACAUUUGCCCAGCCUUUUUUUAGGUAUGCAACAUCUUCAAUUGAACAAUUUAGUUUUGGCCAAUGAAUAUUUUAAUACUGCAUAUGAUCUAUGCAAAACAGAUCCUUUGCUUUUAAAUGAAUUAGGAGUUGUAGCCUUUCAUAGAUUACAACUUCCGGAAGCAAUAAAUCUUUUUAGAAGCGCCCUUACUUUAGCUAAAGAAACAGAUAGCGAAGAAAGAUCAUGGAUUGCAACAUGGGCAAAUCUUGGGCAUGCUUAUAGAAAACUUAGAAUGUAUGAUGAUGCAUUGCGAUAUUUUUCAGAAGUAAAAAGAUUAUCACCUAGAGAUCCAUGUGUUUAUGCCGCUAUUGCAAUGGUUCAUUUAAGUGCUCAUAGGGCGGGAGAUGCUGUCCAAUAUUUACAUGAAGCUCUUAGUCUUGCUCCUUCUGAUCCAAUUGCAACUGAUUUAUUACGACGUGCACUAGAAGAAAAUGCUCAGUUUCCUUUUGAAAUUGAAACAAACAUACAAGAUAUAUCUUCAGAUGAUGAUAAUAUUCUUGCAUCUAUUAAUAAUAAUUAA